AUGGUGUUGAUGGCACUCUGCGCCGUCAGUGCCAACACAGCUGAGCUUGACGCCGUCUUUGACCAGUCUCUACUCGAAGACCGAUCCAUUCCUGACAGCGAGCAAUAUUUCCUAGAAGCCAUUUCGAAGAUCCCUACACGAUUUUCUCAGCUUCAAGACUUCGAUUAUUUGCGAGCAUUCGGCCUGCUGACGGUAUACUCUCUGCAACGUGGAAAUCAUAGUGAUCUCCAACACUAUCUUGGACAGUAUCACGCUUUGGUUGCUGAACAUGGGUUUCAUGAUGAAAGCCGCUGGCCAGAUAACAUUCCAAUGUCCGAAGUGGACGAUCGGAGGAGGCUGUUCUGGUGCGUCUAUCGUCUUGAGAUACACUCUUCAUGCGUCUUUGGGCAUAUGGUGCGGAUGCCCGAGGCCCAAGUAUCCGUAUCCUACCCUCGAACCACGCCUAUGAUGGACACCGAAACGCAGGCAUGGACUGUUGGCUGGGACUAUAUCACCGAUCUAUUCCGAUUCCUGGAGUAUGCAAUCUUCAGCCUUCGAGCAUGCAAAAAUCGCAAAGCUGUCUUGGCUGUCUUCUGUGAUCGACCCUCUCCAACCAUGUUGCUUGACAGUCUAGCUCGACUUAAGGCGAGCAAACCUCGCACUUUGAUCGGCUUGAACGAUCAGGACAGCCAAUUUGGCAGUAAUCGUUGCAGAUACAUGGCAGUUCAGAUCAGCUGCACAGAAGCUCUCGCCACCAUCAUGGCCUUGCUCUACUGCCAGGCUCCCGCCCAGGAAGUCACGGAAAUUGCCGAAAUCUUCCUUCAAGAGCUAACCACGGCGCCUCUAAUCAUGUUUAAAGUUGCCAGCAGCCAAAUUGUGCAUCAGCUACUGGGUGUCGGGCACAUGCUCUCGAAUGUCUCCCGGUAUGAUAAUGGUCAGUACAGAUCAGAAGCCAAGCGAUUGCUUGCUUUCCUGGGCGAUCUCGUGAAAAAUCUGGAGAAUGUGAUUCCAGCCGCGGCAGCGGCCGGAGAACGCCUGCUCGUCCUGACGAAAGCUAUUUCAUAA